CCCUUGGGCUGCAACUCAAGACUUCUGCCCAACCGCAGGCUUCGAGCUGUCUCGGAACAGGCUCCGGGCGUGGGAGAAGCAUAGGGACGCCUACCUGACGAGAUCCAGGCCGCGGAGUCGCGCCUCUGUAGACAACCGGGACGGACGGGCAAAGAUUCGGCUCCCACAGCAACCUUAUUGUAACUUUGGUCAACUCUCCCCAUCACUGACCUCUGCCACACCUUUGACACUUCGCCACAGGAAUCCGUCCCAGACCUUCUUGAGACUAUAAACCAGAGUGAGAUGACUACAAGCUCUGUGUGAAACUAUUUCAGCUCAUUGUGGAAGAUGGAUGGCCCAGAGACAGAUUUCAACCUUAAAGUCGUCCUGAUCAGCUUCAAGCAGUGUCUCAAUGAGGAGGAAGAGGUGCUGCUGGACCACUAUAUCAACAGCUGGAAGGGGCUGGUCAGGUUUCUGAACAGCCUGGGUGCCGUGUUCUCAUUCAUUUCCAAGGAUGUGGUCUCAAAGCUGCAGAUAAUGGAGCACCUGAGGAAAAGCCCACAGUAUGAACACUACACUAGCUUGCAGUCCAUGGUGGCCUAUGAGGUGGGCAACAAGCUGGUGGACCUAGACCGCCGCUCCCGUUCCCGAUACCCUAACUCCGGCUGCCGGACUGUGCUGCGCCUGCAUCGCGCUCUGCGCUGGCUACAGCUGUUCCUGGAAGGCCUGCGCACCAGCUCUGAGGAUGCUCGUACCUCGACACUCUGCAGUGAUGCCUAUAAUGCCACACUGGCUGCCUAUCACACCUGGAUCGUACGUCAAGCGGUCACUGUGGCCUUCUGUGCCCUGCCCACACGCAAGGUCUUUCUCGAGGCCAUGAAUGUGGGGUCCUCUGAGCAGGCAGUGGAGAUGCUGGGAGAGGCGCUGCCCUUCAUUGAGCACGUGUAUGACAUCUCCCAGAAACUCUACGCUGAUCACUCCCUGCUAGACCUGCCCUAGUGGUGGUGCCCAUACCGUCUGGGCUUCCCCUGCUUAGACCUGGGCUUGGGUAACCUGGGACUACUCCCACAGCAGUGCUUUCUGGAUGCUGUCACCCCUGAAAGCUGAGCUUGUUGAGAGCCACAGGCUGGUGGACAGCUGAACCCAGUUGAGGUGCAUGCCAGUCAUGCUCUUUUUCCAGUAUGAGACAAUUGAACUCCAGUUGUUUUUUAUUUUAAUAGUACAUUAUUUUUUUUAUUAGAAAGAAAAUUAUUUUACAUGUCAAUCCCAGGUCCCUCUCCCUCCCCUCCUCCCCUGCCCCCAAACUCCAGUUUUGCCCUCUACUUUAGUUAUGUGUGUGUUCCGUCGGGCCUUAUUGAAAUGCAGAUGGCAAAUGGAGAAGAUGGGGAAGGAGGGUCAUGUUCUACCUCCCAUGUGUGGAAUCUGAAAUGGUAUAAGGGCACAGGACCCUGGAGCUGAGGUUCUGGCUCUCCCACAGUCAACAUGCCCAGCCAAUGUGAGUCCUUCCUGUGCCCAUCUUGAGCCUGAGGCAUGGAUCAGUGCCAGACAAACAGACCUGGGCCUGCAUGCCUGGGGCCCCUUCAUAUUCCAAAAGCUGUCCUUGGGUAAGAUGAGGUUCCUUGGCCGUGGCAUGAGUACUGAAGACUUCCUUGCCCUUCCCCUGCUUCCUUGUCAGCCUCUGCAUAUCAAACAGGCCCUUGUCUCCUUGGAAAUAGAAACUGUCUGAAACUGCUAGCUAAGACCUCCCUAGGAAAGCCUGCUCUGGUCAGUGCAGCCUGCUUCACAGCUUCUUCGAUAUGGUAGCAUCACCCUUCAGAAAGUGGCCUCCUGCAGUGGUGCUCUUGCAGCACAGGCACCCCUAGAUUCCAAGAUGUCAUUACUAAUUGGCCAAACCAUACCUCUCUCUUAGCCAGCCUUGCUGCUCCUGUCACCAUGGUACUCAGGUGACUUAGCUAGGAUAUGACUUGUGGAAGGGGACUGGGCCCCUUGUAUAGCUGUCAGAUGACCAUACCCAGCAUGGUAACACCCAGUGCAUAAGACCUUAACUGGGUCUUAAUGUUAAACCAAUGUAGGUGACUUGUAUAAAUGCAAAUUUGGGGACAUAUCUCUUUCUUCAAGAACUAUGAUAUAUGUAGUAUUCCAACAUAAAUAAAUUACACCUACAUGAUUG